AUGGAGUCCGACAGCGCCCAAGUAUCAGAAAAACACGCUCGCACCGAAUUGAUCGAAGUCGGCGAGUCGCAGCCCUUCGACCACCAUGCGACUAAGAAGCUACUGCGGAAGCUAGAUUGGCAUAUCAUUCCCUUUAUGAGUCUGAUCUACCUAACGAACAUCGGAAAUGCUAGGCUGGACCAUUUGGAACAGGACCUGAAGUUGAAGGGUAUUCAGUAUAAUGACUGCCUCGCCAUUCUCUUCCCGUUCUACAUCGCGGCCGAGAUCCCGAGCAACAUGAUGAUGAAGCGUCUUCGGCCGUCGAUUUGGCUGACAUUCAUCAUGGUCUGCUGGUCUGCGUCAAUGAUUGGACAAGGAUUCGUGAAGGAUUACUCGGGGCUUAUGGCGACUCGUGUCUUUCUCGGAAUUUUUGAGGGUGGUCUUUUCCCCGGUGUCAACUACUACAUCACGCAAUGGUGA